AGUGUGGUCUGGUGUGCGGCGAAGCUAAGAGUGUGAGAAUGGCGGAAGAAGCAGUUCUGGGCUAUCUAGAGAAGAACGAGGAAAUUACAGACUCGGGUGAGUUCGCAGCUGAACGCGGCAUUGACCAUAACGAGAUCGUGAACGUGAUUAAGAGCCUGCACGGUUUCAGAUACGUGGAUGCGCAAGACAUUAAGAGAGAGGCAUGGGUGCUAACUGAUGAGGGUAAAACCUAUGCCACUGUGGGAUCACCGGAAGUUCAACUCUUUCUGGCCAUUCCCCCGGAGGGUAUCUCUAAAGAAGACCUUCAGAAAAAGUUGGAUCCUUCGCUCUUCAAGAUAGGUUGUGCCCAGGCUGCAAAGAACAAAUGGGUUGAUAUGGGAAAACAAUUGAUUUCUAGAAAGGUUCAACAUGUGGAUGACAAGGUCAAAGAUCUUCUUAUUCAAAUACAACAAGGGCGGAACAUUGGUUCAGAUGAGAUCAAAGCACUCAAAGCAAGAAAGCUCAUUGUCCCACAAACGUGGAAGGGUUACUCCUUGAAAAAAGGUCCAAAUUAUGCGCCCAAAAGAAAGAAGGUCGUCACUGACCUGACUCGUGAUAAUUUUCAGAGUGGUGAGUGGAAGGAACUAGAGUUCAAGGAGUACAAUUAUAGUGCUAAAGGUCAGCCUCUUGAGGGUGGCAAUCUUCAUCCAUUGCUGAAGGUACGAUCUCAGUUGAAACAGAUUUUCCUCUGCAUGGGGUUUGAGGAGAUGCCAACAAAUAAUUUUGUUGAGAGCAGCUUCUGGAACUUUGAUGCCCUGUUCCAGCCCCAACAACACCCAGCUCGUGAUUCACAUGAUACGUUCUUUUUGGAAACUCCUUCAACAACAAAGGAAUUGCCAGAAGAUUAUGUUCUGAGAGUGAAGCAAGUUCAUGAAUCUGGUGGUUAUGGGUCUAGAGGAUAUACAUAUGACUGGAAGAGAGAGGAAGCAAAUAAAAACCUCCUGCGAACCCAUACAACUGCUGUUUCCUCCAGGAUGCUUUACCAACUAGCACAGAAACCAUUUGCCCCCAAAAAAUAUUUCUCUAUCGAUCGUGUAUUCAGAAAUGAAGCAGUUGAUCGGACACAUCUUGCGGAAUUCCACCAAAUAGAAGGUCUUGUAUGUGAUCGGGGACUCACUCUGUCCGACUUAAUAGGAGUCCUGCAUGAUUUUUUCUCACGCUUAGGCAUGACCAAACUGAAGUUCAAACCAGCUUACAAUCCAUACACUGAACCUAGCAUGGAGAUCUUUAGUUAUCAUGAAGGUUUUAAAAAAUGGGUAGAGGUGGGAAACUCCGGCAUGUUCAGACCUGAAAUGUUGCAGCCGAUGGGACUUCCUGAAGAUGUCCAAGUUAUUGCGUGGGGGCUUUCCCUUGAAAGGCCAACGAUGAUACUAUACGGGAUCGAUAACAUCAGAGAUCUCUUCGGACACAAGGUGGAUCUUGGGCUCAUAAAGAAAAAUCCUAUAUGUCGUCUUGGAAUUGAUUAAAGUGAUUCAUGUGUAUCUCUUGUAUUUCUUAUGAGUUAUAGAUUGCAAUUUAUUUUGCCCCUUAGGUUAAACACUUCCUGUAGAUUAUUAGUUCGAUUUUGUAUAAGAAUUUUGAUACGGGAGAAAGUUAGGCCUUUUUGUGUU